UUUUAGUCUCAAUUUAUUUAGAAAUGCCCGGAUAAUGCAAAUAAAUUUUUCGACAUGGCAGUACAUCAACAGGGUCAGAAAAUGGAUGAUAUGACCAGAAUCCUUCCAUCAAAUUGCUCCAAAGUUUUUAUACAAAGAGAUUUCUCGGAUGGAACUGCUGUUAAAUUUCAUACAAAAGAAUUUCCAACAGAGCUUGUUGGAAAGAUUGAAGAUAAAUACUUGGUACAGACCAUCACAACAUUGAAUACUAUGUAUAGCGAGGCGGAGUCCUUGAAUAGUCGUAACUACUGCGAGAGCUGCUUUGCCUGUCUGACUGCGUACCUCAGCUAUCUGUGUUUUGACACGCAUUAUGAAAAAGUGUUGAAAAAGGUUGGAAAGUACAUAGCAGAACAGAAUCAAACAGUAUAUGUUCCAAGAGGUCUUAUGUUGGUGGAUCCAGUGGAGCGGGGUUUAAGAACACUUGAAAUUUGCAUACUGAACGAAUCCAAUGGGAGAUGAUGCUGGUUAAUUGUCAGAAGAAGAUUGUGAAAGUGAAAGAACAGCCUGUGAAUUCCACUGUACUAUGGCCGUCAAUCUUAUACUAGAUGUUGUGAUCAGUGCUCUCUAUAAAAUAUGUCCUCCAGCCCCUGUUACAUACUUCCUGGCUCUGUCAAUACAACACACACACCCACCCCCCAGUAUAUACUUCCUGGCUCUGUCUAUACAAUCAUCACAUGGUAGUUCUCCUGUCAUAUAUUGCUUUUUAUGUUGUCCAGUUGAUAUGGAGGCCUGACACAGCUAUAACCUUGAGAAUCUGUACAACCUUUAUAUCAUGUCUCUGUAUGGACAGACUCUAUACAUCGGUAGUUACAUUCCAGAUUUUAAUCUCUCAAGUAAGGGUUGCAGUAUUUUUAUCCAGAGUGUAAUAAUAUCACUGGUACAUGUGAUCAGACUUCUUCAUCGACAGAAUCAUGAAUCAAUCAUUUGUACUACACUGUAUGGAGAACAGCUCUCUUGAGAAAUUCUCUUUGUAUAUAAUGAGUAGUGUUUGAUAAGUUUGCUUGUAAUAUAGUUUGGCAAUUGAAAUAUUUUUCUAUCACACUGUAAAUUGAUUUCUAAUGACUUAUGUACCUAUUUUUUGUUAUCAGAAUGUCCCAAGCCAAUCACUGUACAUUUAGUUUUAUAUGCUUUAUACUUGUAUGUACAUUUCAUAUUGUGUGAAAAAAUCCUACCUUUAAAUGAUUACUAGUGCACUCGUGUUUUGUCUUGACACGCAGGGACAAUUCAUUACAGGUACAGUUAAAACUGUCUAGUCUGUUACCUUCCUGUAUGUAACCUGUAUAUGUCGAAUCUAAUUUUCGCCCCAUUGUAUGUUUCUUUACACAGUACAAUCUGAUUUACUGUCUAUUUGACAUAACUGUCUCUCACACAGCAUGUCGAAUUGUAAGCUUUUACUUUUAUGUUGAUAAUGACCAUGAACAGUAUCAAUUCUCACAGCUAUCAAAAGAAAGAAUUCCUUAAUUACAAAACAAGUUAAGUGAACAAAGGAAAGGUUAGAUAUGAAUUAUUUCAGCGAGGUACACCAUUUACAAUCAGCAGUGGCAGACCUCCACUUCAGUGAUACAGGUUGUCUGCAUGCUGAAUCACCAUUAGAUAAAUUUUCUACAAUAGUCCACCUCUGUUGAUCUUCAGAAUUAAUCUGCAUACAAACUUUUCUAAUCAUUCAAGGUUCAGUGAAUACAGAGAAUUGUGUAGUAUUAUAAAUAUUGUAUACUGUUUCCACUAGAUAUGAUUGCAAUGUAUUUGUGGAUGUUUUGUAAUUAAGUUCAGUUUCAUAUUCAAGGUUGUCUUUCACUGGAAGAAAAUUACUUUUCACACAUUUGAAAUGAUCAACUGUAAUUUUGUUGCAUGCAUUAUCAUAAAUUAGAGAUAUCUAAAUCGUGAAAAACGAAUUGAACACUAUGAUACACAGGCAAUGGAUAGACUGUCAAGUUCAUAAUAUUGUUCUCUCUCUACUUUACUUUUAAACGUCUUCAUCAUAUUUUGAUACAGAUUCUUUUCACGCUUUUGUAAGUGAUUGUUACAUCAUUAAACAGACGCUCUUUUUAACAUCCUGUAGACACAUGACCAUGGCCGUCUUAAUGUACAAUGACAAUUACUAGUAUACAAAGACCUUGUGAACAGUUUCCCUGCAGACCGGUAAAUUCAUAGAAGUGCAGGGUAUACUAUAAGAAUUUUAUUUCCCCAGAAAUGAAGGAAAUUUUAGACUUUCUUCAAUGUAUACAGAAAAUUUAUACCACAUCUAGUCUUGACUUGAGACUGGGGUGUUUAAACUGUACUGAAAUUGGAUAUGAUUCUGUUGUGUAGAUAAAUCACUUUUGUUUUUCAAUAUGUCAUUCCCAAAUUGAUUGGCAGGUGAGUAGGGCAGACUAUAGGUCUUCCUACCAUUCCAAAGGAACUGCUAAAUUAUCUUCAUCGUGGCGGAUGUCCCAUCAGUUUGUCAACUUUCUCUUUUUUGUUGUUAAAAUGGCAACAUAUAUGGAAAUUCUGUCGUAUACUCAUUUUAACGUUUUCAGAAUUUAGUCAUUUAAUCAAUAAAGAAUUCAGCCAACCUGUAGGUCCUAGACUAACGCAUGCGUAGGUGAGCGCCAUCUGUAAUGCACUUUAUUUAUUCUUUUAGAUAAUAGAUCAGUGUUAAUUCUUGGCGACUGUGCCAAAUUAUAAAUAUCGCGAAUAUGAUUAGAUAAUGUAAUUAGGCUAUAGUGAUUUUAAUUUAUUUUGUAAACUUGUUUAUUAAUUCACUAAUUAUCUGUUCCUUAAAUUUGUUCUACAGGAAACCCGCUUCAUCUUUAGGAACAGAACUUAUUUUUAUUAGGAGUAAAUUUAUCAAUAGCAGUCGGUUAGAAUUCAAUAUACAUGUAUCUGAGCUCAAAAAGAACUAUGAUUAUAAGUUUAUAUAUUAGAAUAUAUCUAUUGCUUCAGUAUUUUAGUCAAUAUGACAAGUAUUUAUUAUGCUGUGUUUUGUGUUGAUUGUGUCUUAUGAAUAAAGAUGUCAUCCUUGCU